AUGAACUGGACCGCUGAAGAAGCACCAGCUGAUGAUGCUCAAGAAGUGUGGGCUCCUGCCGUUGGCCACCCUGCUUUGCAGUAUUCGUCCAUCGUCGACAUAUUUUGUUCCUCCUGCAGCCUCCAACCGUAUGUCGUCCCUGCUAGCACUAGCAGCAGCUCUAGCGGAGGGCCGCAGCUACUGGUUGAGAACAACUACUACGCUGCGGCCGCACAGCAUCACGAUCCGACUGGGAAAGGAACGACGAUGACACACGAGGAUCUGUCGUCGUUUGAGCAGCAAAUGGAGAGCUAUAUGAAUAGCCCUAAGAAGCUAUUCCAGGAAAGAAAGAAGGAGUUUGAGGAUGCAUAUAAUGCCCAAUUCAUGAAACAGAAGAUGCACAGGUACCCUCCAAGCAUUCGAGCUCUCGAUGAUGAUGGUCUGUAUACCGUCCCGAGGGUGGUGGCCAUCGGCCCUUACCACCAUUAUGGCGGAGGCCAUCUGAAGCAGGCGGAGGAGGUGAAGCAUGCGGCUGCCUGCCACUGCAUCACGUUAUCCGGCCGCUCGGUCGAGGAGAUGUACGGCGCCGUCAUCUCGGCCGCGAAUGACAGCGAUGCCCGCGGCCUCUACCACACGGACGUGAUGGCAGGUCUCGGCGACGACGACUGCUUCCUACCCAUGAUGUUCUUUGACGCCUGCUUCUUGGUGAUGUAUAUCAUUAAGAGGUCGGGCGCAGAGAACUACGACCCGACGCUGUACGAUUUCUUCGAGUCCAAUGACGAUGACAUCGCUCAUGACAUCAUGCUGCUUGAGAACCAGAUCCCCUUGCAGGUGGUGGACGCCGUCAUGAACAUGUGCACGGCCGAGCCCUUGGAGAGAAUGAAGAAGUUCAUUGCCAGGUGCAAAGAUGGCUGUCUGCAAGACCGGGUUGUCCCUGGAUUUCCUCGUGUUGACUGGGAUGAAGACUACUACAAUGAAGCACCGCAUCUCCUUGGCCUCCUCCGAUUCUACGUUGUAGGAAAAAGAAGUAGCAGCAAACCCAAGGUGUCACCUUCCGAUUUAAAGAAAAUGGAAUCGAUACCAAUUUCAGCCGGUGCCAUCGAGCUUGCCGAAAUGGGCAUCUUCCUCACAGCCAACGAAACAACGGAGCUCCCAGACAUGGGCCUCGCCAGGAAAUGGAUCAUCUUCGCCGAGCUCUCCAUGGCGCCGCUGUCUCUCAACGAUGCACGUGCAAGCUGGCUCGUCAACAUGGCGGCUCUCGAGCUAUGCACGACUCCAGAUUUUUUGAUAAAAGGCGGAAUUUGA